AGGCCUACACUCCCAGCGUUAACGGCUCCAGCCCUUCUCAAGCUGCGACUGUUGACCAUUCUUUCAGUCGCGUCCGCCGGUGAGCAACGCAUCUCAUACGCACGCAUGUCAGACGAGCUCGAUCUGCACGACACACGAUUGCUGGAGGAUGUGGUUAUCCACGGAGUGUACCUGGACCUGUUCAAGGCUAAGAUUGACCAGCGCAAAGAGGAGAUCCGAGUGCGUGCGUGUGUGGGCAGGGAUCCUAGGCCGGCGGCGUUUGUGAAAAUGGUCGAGAAGCUUACGAAAUGGUCAGGACAACAAGCGGAUGCGUUGCAAACAUUGAAGGAAAUGAUUGAAAAGUCAGACUCAAAGGUAGAAGCAGAGCGCACAUCUGCUGCUGCCAGUCAGAAGAAAAAACCCAAGUCGUAUUCAUCAACUAAACCACCGCAUCACGUGAAGAGUUCUCGAAAAGGGAAGGAGGCUCGCACCUCGGCCCAUUAAAUCGACCAGCUCGUGGGCGAGUUCGGUACUGGAAUCGUCACCUGAAAUACCUCUCGAUGCUGUUGUAGCGUGGAACCACAAUUCUUCACGCGACACCCCGCACAACCAGUUAUUCUGCCCUGUACAUAGCUCCUGACUUUGGCGUGUACACCUCAGUGUGAUUCUAUAGUAUCUGAGAAUUCCCUGCGGUCCGCGGAAUUGUGAAGUAUGCUUCUAGUAUCAGCAUAGCAGCGUCUUCAUCUAAACGAAAGCAAACUCACAGUGCCGACGUUUUUUUCGUUACGUAACGGAUAUCGAGCUCCUGCACGCUCAUUGUGCGUCCCUGUUUUCCUAUGGAGUUGUCGUCCACUUACAGCCAUGAGAGUAGAUGUACGUAUUCCGUGUGGAAGAGUUGGCACGGGCGUGCUAUUGUCUAUACAUAUUGCAGCGGCUGUGCGAAGAAUAGAGCACUUCGAAGUGAGGAACACUGUUAUGUACUACAGACCUGUCAAAAGAUAGUAAGCAUAUUGCCGAACCCAACCAACAUCGCUCACUUGCGGUAUUGUGACGCAUUUCCACAUACCCCAAGCGGCUAUUUCCUUGGUGGAGAGUUCCUCCAGCAGAAGCUGCAAUUGAACGUCAAGGCGUGAGAUUGGGUGCUCACAGACGUUUGAAGCCACCAGGUGGUGCUCACCCUCUGCCCACGCAUGUGGAAUAGCAUCGCGGUUAGUAUUGUGCGUGUGCUGUACGUACGGUCUGAAAAAUCUCAAUCAACAGAUGGAAACUUAAGUACACAUCAGUAUAUAUGCAAUACAUGUCGUACAGGAUUGUAGAGCAUAGGCGUUCAUAUUAAAAUGUCGCAUCAUGGCAUCCCACAAGUCAGGUGAAUAUUGAUGGUGUGCUCAGGUUCUGCGCUGAUGUUCCGAAUUUGAAAUGAGCGCACGCUGUGAUGGCGCGGGUUCACACGUUUUCGAAUUUGAUAUUGUCAG